AAUAAUGCAAUCAAAAUAAUGUAAUUGUGAUGUAUUGCUCUACUUUCAGAUCAAAAUGCAUAUUGGUAGAUUUUUAACUUCCUAUGGACCAGGUAUAUCAAAUGAGGUUGCAUUGAUGUUAUGCUCAGCACCAUUACUAAGGGAUGUUAUACUGAAUGCAAGCUUUCACCCUACCUUCUAUGAAACUCUUGCCAGAGAAGAAAGGAAAGCCACAGUCCAUACUCUUAAGAUUUGGAAUAAUGAGCCUCUAUCAUCAGCCUCUUCACAUCACCUAGUUGAAGCUUUAUGCUCCCUACCUAACCUGACUAACCUGAUGCUGAGAGGAGUUUGUGACCAGGAGGAGUUCUGUUCUUAUAUGAAUGAGAAGGCUUCAACCUUGAAGGUCCAUACUCUUGUGAUUAGGAAUAAUAAGCCUCUAUCAUCAGCCUCUUCACAUCACCUAGUAGAAGCUUUAUGCUCCCUACCUAACCUGACUAACCUGAUGCUGAGUGGAGUUUGUGAAGAGGAGAUCUAUUCUCAUCUGAAUGAGAAGGCUUCAACCUUGAAGGUCCAUACUCUUCAGAUUGUGAAUUACCAGCCUCUAUCAUCAGCCUCUUCACAUCACCUAGUAGAAGCUUUAUGCUCCCUACCUAACCUGACUAACCUGAUACUGAGUGGAGUUUGUGACAAGGAGGAGUUCUAUUCUCAUCUGAAUGAGAAGGCUUCAACCUUGAAGGUUAGAAAGCUUACUCUGAAUGCAUUGUCAAUCUCAUCCAGCAACCUAGCAGAAGCACUGUGUAUUAUGCCCAAUCUUACUGACUUAACAUUGAGUUCUUUGAACAGAAAGAUCUACCUUACGUUGAAAACGAAAGCAUCAUCUAUACAGGGUUCUUUCCCUCAGAUCAGCAAAGGAAAUUUCAUGUUCAAUGGAAUGCCUCAGAAGGAUCUUCAAUCAUUCUUACAAACACUAACUGACAUUGACAUUCUACGGUAGGUGAACUAAUAAACUUAUUAAGGUAAAGGUGACCUCUUCACUCAGACUGAUACAACCUAGAUACAUGUAUGAUCAAUGUAUAAACAGUUCUUAUACUGCUCAUUAAUUUGAUCAUUACAAUGGGCCAACUCAUUUAUAAAUGUAUGACAAAUAAAAUAAUAACCUAAACUGGUCAUGAAAUGGCUUUUGUAGUUAUGCUCCAGGCAUACGAUAAUUGUACCUAAACUGGUCAUGUAAAUGAAAUAACUAUUUACAGUACUAAUUCAUAAUUAUGAGAAACAUAAUGAUUGUACUUAAACUGAUCGCGUCGUGGUCUAGUGGUUCUGACUCUCGCCUUUCAAACAGGGUCGUGGGUUCGAAUCCUAGCCAUGGCGUGUUUUCCUUCAGCAAGAAAUUUAUCCACACUGUGCUGCACUCGACCCAGGUGAGGUAAAUGGGUACUGGCAGGAAGAAAUUCAUCAAAAAGCUGUGUGCAUCACAAUCGGUAGACUAGCUUAGCUGGGGUAAUAUAGGAGUGCCUUGAGCACCUAGCAAGGUGGAUACAUGCGUUAUACAAAUCCUAUGUUAUUUUUAUUUUAUCAUGAAUCUGCUUCAUCCAAUAGUAAUUAAUUAAUAUAAGGUAUACAAUAUGUACUUGAAAAGGUCUUGAACAGCUUUUUUACAAUACUAAAUUCAUUUGAGGAAUGCAAUAGUUGUACCUAAAUUGUUCAUAAAACAGCUUUUUAAGAUACUAGUUUAAAUGUACAAGGAAUACAAUAGUUGUAUUUAAAUUGGUCAUAAAACAGCUUUUUGUGCAAUACUAAUUUAUAUGUAUUAGUCAGGGGCCUUAUAGGCCCAUAAUUUGAAGUUUUGGGGACAAAAGCACCAAACUUUCCCUAUGUCACUAUUACGUCAAUAGCUUCAUUUUUUCCCACAUAACAUGGUGUUGAAAAUUGCAUCUUCAUGCAAAGAUAUGCUAAUUUAUGUAAAUUAGCAGUAAUUUAUGCAUGAAGCCAUAUGCCAAUAGAAAUUAAUUAAUAAAAGUUAAUAAAAAGAUACCAAACUAUAGAAAAGUCUCUAUCAGGUCAAUAGCUUUAAUGUUUCCCACAGAACAAAUUGAAAAUUUUGUCUUCAUGCAAAAGUAUGUUAAUUUAUGUAAAUUAGCAGUUAAUUUAUGCAUGAAUAGUAAAAAUUAGUAAAAAGGAAUAAAAAGAAACCAAACUUAAAGAAAAUCUCUUUCAGAUCGAUAGCUUUAAUUUUCCCUAUCAAACGUGCUAUUGAAAAUCCCGUCUUCAUGCAAAAUAUGCUAAUUUAUGUAAAUUAGCAAUUAUUUAAAAACAUAUGCUAUUUUGCUAAUUAUUUCUGCUAAUGGAAAUAAUUCUGUAUAAAUAAUAAGUGCUGCUUAUUGAAGCAAAUUUGAUGCAAAUUUAUCUUAAGAGAAACAGAACCCUCUUUGAACGGGUGUCCAUUUUAAAUCCUGUCCCCCAUUCUCACUCCCUACACACUGGCGUAAAUAUAAUCCAGUCGGAGCAAGGGGGGGUGAGCAAUAUAUUGACAGGAAAAUUCAAAACUUUGGAGACACCCCAUGUAUACGGAGAUAUAUAGCCAUGUACUAUCUGUCAGUUAAAGUCUGAUUUUCUCAAUAGCUAUAAAGUAUAUAUGGAUCACAGUUAAGCAAAUUUUCAGUCGUUUGGGAAACAAAAUGGUGUCCAAAAAUCUCUUUCAAGUUGUGUAAUAAUCACAUCAUGGGCAAUGUAUUCAGACUGAUUCUGCCCGAUUAUGGCCUGAUUCAGAUGGAUUAGAGGAGUUCCCCCAAAUAGAGAAGAAUGGGUCCGGAAUAUGUCCAGAUUCAGCGCAGAAUCGCCAAGAAUUGACCAAAUCAAUUUUGGUCAUCCCCCAAAAAGCAGAAUGCCAACACGAAUAGUGGCAAGAAUCGACCCAAGCAUGUCCAAAAUCCACCCAAAAUAAUAUGACCCGAUAUCUCUGAUUACAGCCAAACGAUGGCCUGAAUGUGGACCCGAAUCAGAACAAAUGCGCCGAGCUCGGACGGUUCGGGACAGUUGUGCCCAGAAUGAUACAAAUAGGUCCAAAACUACCCAGAAAACUCCAAAUGCCUCCCCUAAUCAAACUGAAUGUCGCCCGAUUACAUCCCAAAUGUGGCCCGAAUGAAAUUUGUUGUGGUCACAUUCGGGAAUAUUCUGGAGGGUAUUCGGCUGGUUUUGAACAUUUCAAAAUGAGCUGAAUUUCUCAGCGAAUGUUCCCGAAUUUUCUCGCAUUUAUGAAGGCAAUACAGAAUAUUCCUGAAACCACCCGAAUACGUGUAUAUGGAUGGAUUCGCAGCUGAUUCGGUUCCGUUCUAACCCUAGCUUUAGGCAAGGGUUACACCAAAACCAAAUUCUCCCAAACAAAUUCGGACCACUUCUGCCCAAAAUGGCCUGGAUUCGGUACUUAUUCGUCUCCGAUACGGGGAGCUCCUGGAAUCAAUUCGGAAGGAUCCGGGACUAUUCUGUUCUCCCUCGCCAUAUACAAGAACACUCGUGGAGAGAUUCUGCUUGUCUUGAAAUGUUCAAAACCAGCCGAAUAUCCUCCAAAAUGUGGCCAUGACAAAUUUUAUUCGAGCCACAUUCGGGAUGUAUUCGGAUAAUGGAAUUCGGUUGAAUUUGGGGAGGCAUUUGGACAAUUAUUUUGGGAAGUCAAUAGCUCCGAUUCGGGACCUGUUCCAGACCGAUUCGACUCUGAUUCGGUCUGAAAUUGAUUGGGAGAAUUCGGUUUUGGUGUUACCCUAGUUUUAGUGAUAGAGAUCAAUUCAUAAGCCAAUUAAGAAAUAUCACUAAAUUAUUCAGGUCACCGUCAACCUAGGGACGACAGAAAAAGAAGGAUCAGGGGGGCGUUUCAUGAAAGGACUUGUCUGACGUUUUAUCCGACAAGUCCCAUUUUAUCCGACAGUUACCAUAGUAACAGUACCUCUCAGCCAAUCAACAUCAGAGAAAGAUGUCAGAUCUGACAACUUGUCGGAUGAAAAUGUUGAUGAAACACUCCCCAGGUCUCUUUGCUCAAAUCUGAAAAAUGUACAUAGUUGUCAGAGGGGCAGACAUGGACAGCUUUUUCUGACAUGAGAACCAUCCAUAUACCCUACUUUUUCUGACAGGGGAACACUCUACUUGGGAAAGAAAUCUGACCUCUUGAAUUGCUUUGAAAAAAAGAUGAAAUACUGGUUUAACUUUUCCAUAUGAUUUGGGUUUUUUAAUUGUGAAAGGGGUAUACACAGGAUUUAUAAUUUGCAUAAAUUUGCAUUUUAAACAUGAUACCCUCCUCUGGUCGCAUGGAAAGUCACCAUAAUGAAUGAAUUGUGUAACAGUGCCUCAUAUAUAGUGUUGUGCUCGUCCCUCUGUUUAAAACCUCGAAAUAUGAUAGUUGAUGUGUUUAACACAUAUUUGCAGAAAUUUUGCAUAAAUUUGCAUUAAUUAACAUUGAAAAUUGAUUCCUUUUCGGGAACUGUACAGAAAUCAAUCUAGAUUUGAUGCCCCAUCAUAAUAAAUCCCAAAUACCCCCCCCCCCCCCAAAAAAAAAAAAAGGCUUCUAGAAAAGUUUAGGUCUGUACUAUACAUAUACAGUAAUUUACGGUGAAUAGUGUGAUUUUGCAUAAUUUGGCAUAAAUUAGCACUAUGAAAUUGAACUCCAGUCAUUGAUCCUAUCAAGAAUUAAUGCUUAUGGUACCAGUGACACACGUGGAAAAGUAAUUGUGAUUUUGACAAUUCUAUAUGUGGAGAUAUGAUAAAAUAUGUGUUUUUACAUAUAAUUUGCAUAAAUUAACCUUAAGAAUUGAUUCAUACUCACCAAUUUUAUAAAAGUUGACCUGCAGUUGAAUAUUUAGCAAAAGAAGACCCAAAUGCACAAAAAUUGUGCAUUUGAAAAUUAUUUUUAGUGAGAUAUGGUGAAUUAUGAGUUUUUUGCAUAAAAUUUGCAUAAAUUAGCAUUUUAAAAUAGGGUGCCCCUCACCGAUUUCGAGGCACACUAUCUAGAAUUAAUGCUUUUGAUACCAGGGACCCACAUGCAAAAAAUGGUGCUUUUGUAAAUUCUGUCCCCAAAAUUUUGCUAAGGCCCCUGACUAUAUAUGGAAUACAGUAAUUGUACCUAAAUUGGUUGUGAAACUGCUUCGUACAAUACUAUACAAAUUAUACAAUGAUGGUCAAAGAUUUGGCUUAAACUAGUCACAUCGAAGGAACAUCAAUCGGACCCUUCCCCUGAGGGCCAUCGGCCUAAAGGCCCCCUCACACUGAAUUGCCUGAAAUAUGCCUUGCGAUGGCUGGGGGAAGGCAUUCUUAAAAUCGUCUUCAAUGGUAACUGAUAGUAUAAUCAUAUUUACCCUUCGUGUUUGGGUUCGUACACCUUCUGAACUAACAGCUGCAAUUAUUCAAAUUCGCGCAGAAAUUUUGAACAUGUUUGAAAUUCCCUGACGAAUUAAGAAAUCGUUGGUCAUCUUUUGAAUUCGCAUCUCUUAUUUAGUCUGUGGUAUUAAAUCGUUUGUUUAUCAUGUGUAUCGUUCGUUUGUUAUUGUCGCGCAUAGUCCCUCAUCGCGCUUUUGCCAAAGUGGACUUCUCGAAAGAAGCCUUAACCAUAGAGCUAUUAGCUCUAUGCCUUAACGAAGCAACACGAUGACACAAAUGUACAAUAUUGCCCGAUCUAUUCCCUCGUCUUCGUUUCUAAUCGCACGCCAUAUCAAAACAUUGCUCCCUGUUCGUUUGUCUUACUGGGUUAUAUAAAUCCUUCACUCGCCUUCGGCUGCAAUUUACUCAAAGAGGUGAACCGAAAAAUCUAUAUCCUUCGCAUGUCAUAUUUAUCCUUAGCUAACCGUUUGUUGAUAAAAUUUGACAAUAGUUACUGAUCGCAUGAUUUGACGGAAAUUUUAUUUUAAUUCGUUGAAUUUGCGUGCAUUUCGUGCAUUUUUCCCAUUAGUCCGCCUACAUUCGGUCAGGUGUGAGGGGGCUUUAAGGGAAAAUUGUACUAUUGAUGUUUCUGAAUGUGAACAGAUUUAGUCUGUUCAGAGAAUGAGUCUUUGUAUACAUGUAUAUGUUGUAUAUCCCUUCCAGCUAUAUCAUUCCUCAUCAUAUGUAAAAAAAAAUUAAGAAAAAAGUUGAUAACUUUCCUAAGGAGAAAAAUGGACUAUGCGUGACAUUGACAAUAUAGGUCUAUAGACUAUGCCAUCGUCACUGGGUGAUGUUAACAACCUGUUUAUGCAAUCAUAAAUAUCAAUUUAAAGUAUUUUGACCAUGGUAUUCCAUAUUUUCUGAACCAAAAUCAAUGUUUAAUCUGUCAAAGUUUUCUAUGCAUUAUCACGCCAAACUCUUCUAACAAUACUUUAUACAACCUGGAAUUCUGUUAUGCUAUAGUUACCUUCAAUUCUUUUAUCUUUAUCAUACAGAAGAAAGUCACUCCUUUAAUUCUAUUUUUUGUAACCACAGUAGGAAUUACAAUUCAUAAUGAUUUAAAGUGAAAUGCUCAUGUAACCG